CUUCUCCUCUCUUGUCGUUGCCUUGGUUGGUAUCGCCAGCUCAUGGGCCCUUUGGAGGAAUCCAUCAACGCAAACAUAACUGAACGCGGACCCAACAACUUUGUUCUGGGAGGACACAAUGCUGUCCGUCGUGCGGCCAUAAACUACAACCAAGACUACACCACCGGCGGAGAUGUUGUUUACACGCACUCGAACACCGGCUUUGCAGUCAACUGGUCUUAUCCCAAUGACUUUGUCGUGGGCGUGGGCUGGAACCCUGGUGGAUCUGCUCCCAUCAAUUUCAGCGGCAACUUUGGCGUCGGCAGUGGCGUCGGCCUGCUCUCUGUCUACGGCUGGAGCACUAACCCCCUUGUCGAGUACUAUGUCGUGGAAGACAACUUUGGCUUUUCCUCUGGCGGCACGGUGAAGGGCAGCGUCACCAGCGACGGAUCGAGCUACACGAUCUGGGAGAACACGCGCGUGAACGAGCCUUCCAUCGUCGGCACGGCGACGUUCAACUAGUACAUUUCGAUCCGGAACUCCAAGAGAUCGAGUGGCACGGUGACUGUUGCGAAUCACUUCAAUGCCUGGAAGUCGCUGGGGAUGAACCUGGGGACUAUGAAUUACCAAGUUAUCGCUGUGGAGGGAUGGGGAGGGCAAGGCGGCGUGCAGCAAACUGUGUCU